UUUGAUGUGCUGACAGAUAAAAAUUUGAAAAAAAUCAAACUGAUCAAUAAUUAUUAUUCAUAAUUAUUGAUUAUAGAUGUGUUGAUGGUUUAUUGAUGGUUACUGUUGAUGUCUAUGUCAGCGUUUGAGGUCUGAUCAAUAAACAGAUAAAGUUAUUGCUUCUGCCAAAAUAAAAGCACAAACUUGGACCCUCAUUUUAUUUUGAAAAACGGGAACAUUAUAUUAAUAUUCACCACGACAACUUUUAAUUUGUCAGUUCACUUCCGGUGUGCAGCUAAAUGUUUGCAGCUUGAUGGAGGCACUUCCGCCCCACCACAAUAAGAGUCUCCUCCUCCUCCGUCACACUGCAGACCGUCCUGUCGCGGUGCGUUCACGGUCCGGUACCAGCCAGCACACCUGCAGCUCACCUGACGGCGUACCCGGUCCCUGCUUCAGCCUCCCGGACGGACUAAGACCCGGCCCUCUCACCGGGAAGCGUUAACUGUUCGCGGCGGGAGAUUCUCGAGGCCACCGGCCGCUAACCGGCGCUCCGGUGCCGGUCUGUCCUCUCUGACGGCAGCCGGUGAUUGUACCGUAUCUGUCCGGCUGUGACGUCCUGCAGCCGGCUAACGUUAGCUCGGACAUCCUCCGGAAUCUCCGGGUUUAAACCGGGCUCGUUUGUUUCGUGUUUUCCAGAACCGGGUCCGGAUGUUCCGGUUCACGGGAGACCUCAGUGGCCCGUUCGGCCCCCGGUAAAGCCUCCUGAACGGCGGAGACUCAGAUCUGGUACCGAGGGAAGGUGACCGCCGAACCGCAGCAGAAAAACACCGACCUUCAAAGUCAAACCGGUUUGUUUCGGGUUUUACCGCCUUUCAGAACCGGGUCUGUAUGUCCCGGUCUGCACGAGACCUCCGUGGAUCAUUCGGCGGCUGGUGAAACCGUCCGGAACCAUGGGCACCCAGGGCCCGGGCAGGAAGAGGAUCCCGAACCGGGACAAGAUGACGGCCGAGGACGACGCUCUGAACCAGAUCGCCCGAGAGGCCGAGGCGAGACUGGCAGCAAAGCGAGCGGCGAGAGCCGAGGCCCGUGAGAUCAGGAUGAAGGAACUGGAGAGACAACAGAAAGAGAUGUUUCACAGCCAUAAGAAGUUUUAUGGUCUGGAUAAUAAGUGGGGUCACAUUGAACAGUGGAUGGAGGACAGCGAGCGUUAUUCUCGUCAUGCACGGAGACACGCCUCGGUGUCCGACGAUGAAGAGAAAAUGUCUGUAGGCAGCCGAGGGAGCUUCAGGUGUACUCGUCUUCCUCUUCCUCCUCCUCUUCCUCCUCCUCAGGGUUCGAGGGCAGCAUCGACACUCUCUGCUGCCACGCUCGCGUCUCUGGGCGGAGCUUCAUCUCGGAGAGGAAGUUGUGACACGUCAUUCUCCGUGGAAACGGAGGCGUCGAUCAGAGACAUGAAGGACUCUCUGUCCGAGGCGGAGGAGAAGUACCGGCGUGCGAUGGUGUCGAACGCUCAGCUGCACAACGAGAAGUCGACUCUGAUGUUUCAGGUGGAGACGCUGAAGGAGGAGCUGAGCGACAUGGAGGAGCUGCUGUGGGAGUCCAGGCGACACUGUGAAGACCAGACCAAGGAGUUGGAGCGUGGGCGUCAGGCUCACACGGUUCUUCAGUUCCAGUUCAAAGAGAUGAAAGAAACUCUGAGACAGACCGAAGACCUGCUGACGAAACAUGGAGUCGUCGUCUCUCCUGAGCUCUCCACCAAUGGGGAGACAGGACGGGGCGAGGAUGAUGUCAGCGCACAAUCUGCCACCCGAUUGGCUGAGGAGCCGUGUCAUGGUGGCAGAGAGAGCAUGCUGGGGCCAGCAGAGGGCAGCAAAGCCCCACAGGAUGACAGGAAGUUCAGCCACUGGAUCUCCCAGUCACUAAGCGUCAUUUCCACCAGUGACCAAACAAAACCAGGAGCUGUCAAACUAGUGAACAGGUUCGAUAAACAGGUCACGAUGGAACAACCUGUAGGCAGAACUGAGGGAGAAAGGAAAAUACCAAGAAACAAAGGAAGUGAAAAAAAGGCUAGGAGGAAGCCACCAGAUGUCAGACGGGAUAGAAAAUCUUUGUUUGGAAAUGAAGGAGUUAAAAAACAACAGAAGAAAACGGAGAGGGGAAGUGCUGCUGAAAUGUGUGAGCCAAGAUUAAACUUUAAUGAUCAGCCCCUUAAAGGCAGAAGCAAACCUCACAGGGAAUCUGUACCGGCAAACCAGGAUGUCCUUGUGACUGAAAUGGAGCGCUCCUUCGUGCUGGUACAUCGAACUGAGAGUCGGGAUAAACAUGGUGAUUUGGUUUCACCUGUUUGCAGAACUUCAGCCCAAAAAGUCCCAAAAUCGAGACUUGUUCCACCUCGACCUGUAAAAGACAUCAUACUGGGAAACAAGGUGAUAGUGUCGAGUAUUGCGGCUGCUGUCAAACAAGAUGCUCUGACUCAAGACAAACAAAAAGUAGAUGUUUCAGCUGUGAUGAGAAAUGAGAGGGACUCUGCGCUGAAGUGUUCGUCUGCUGCUGAUGACAAAGACGUGAAUGCCUGCAGGGAUGUAAGCUGCUUAGGAGGGGAAGUUAUGCCUGAUGUUCCAGCUUUGCGUGCAAACCAAAAUAAAAUGAAUGAAUUUAUAACUCCGACAUCAGCGGACCGUAUGAAAGAAAAUGAAUUUGUUGACCACAUGGUCGAACUUGAUGGCGAAGGUUUUAAAGAAGAAGACUCAAAUGUUGUUACAAAUUUGGUAGAAAAUGAGAUGGUUGCAACGACAAUUAAGAUCUCUCAAAGUCUUGAAGUACACCAUCAACAGACAGUUUCAGAGAAUUUGCAAAGUACCAUAAAUGAAGACAAAGUCUUAAAGACCAAGCUUAGUCCAAACCUUGAAACCAAACCAUCAGAGCUCAAUGUGUUUCUACCAGCAGAGCAGGCAAUUGUUGGGGGAAUGUCUGGUUCACCUGAGAAACUUGAGAACUGGAGGACUUCUGAAGAGGAACCGGUUAGAGAUGCUGAUCAAGACGUUCAGAGAAACUCUGAACAAUGUAACAACCAGAGAGGAACACAGAAAUCAACUCUGUCACCGUUUGUCCCGGCUGAGACUCCGGAGGGCCGGAGUGUCUUAGAAAAGACAAUUCAAAGCAUGCUCAGAGGGUUGGUUGAAAAUCAGGUUUUGGCAGCUGCAAUCUCAAGAUCUUUUCCAUGCGUGCAAACUAAUGAUGCCUCAGUGGACUCGAGGAAAGUUUGUAAAGACGUUCAGGAUCCUCCCCCAAGUGAAAAUACCUCUGAGGUCAUGUUAAAUAUUCGUGAAUUUAAGGUGGAAUCGUCUCCAGAAGAAAAGCCUGCGGUCACUUCUAUUGAAGUAGAAGAAGAAAAACAAAGUCAGAGUAACUUCAUGGUGACGAGCUGCUCUGAUUUUGUUUUUGUUGAAUCUUACUUUGCUGAACCUGAAGCUGAGUCUGGGUCACAUCUGUCUUUGGUGUCCUCGUCAAGAAAUCAUGCAGUCAAUCAUCAAGGUGGUACUAAAACAAACAAACAAAGAGAGACUGUUGGUAGAAGUCAAAGCUGUUCUGUCAUUCCUGUCGAGGAAGUUGUUGAAAGGCAAUUCAAAAAGUAUCGAACAUUGUCCACCAACUCUCAUGUUGGUCAGAGUUCAAAGUUCAGGAGGCUUCUGGAAAUGACUGCAGAUGAAAUCAAGGCCAUGGCUGUUCCAGAAUUGGUGUUGAUGAACCAACGAGCAGGGAGAGUCGCUGAGGACCGACAGAGUAAUGAGUCAACGGGAUCAGAGGAACUGGAGGAACUGUCAAUUGGAGACAUGGACAGCUGUGAGGAAGUUGAUGAGGAGGCAGCACAGCAACCAGCAAUGCAACAACAACCAGUGAUGGAGGAUGAAGAUGUGAAAGUAAUUCACUUUAGAGGACAGAAAGGAUUGAGUUUGGACUUCAAGAAAGACAGACACAGAACGGACUGCAAGAUCUCAGUCUACACGGUGUUUUUUUGUGUUUCAGAACUCCGGCUGAAGAAGCUGUUUGAAGAAAGAGAGAGUUUACAAAAUGAGGUGAGACUGUUAAAGUCUCAACUGGAUCAGAGGCCGAAGAACGGGACUGACGGAGUCCAGAAUCCAGAGGGGGGCAGUCUAGAGAACGGGAUGGAUUCUCAUCUUCUGGACCUUCAGAGAGACGCCAACAGGCAGAUGAGUGAUCUCAAGUUCAAACUGGUGAAAUCUGAACAGGAAGUCACGACUCUGGAACAAAACGUGAUCCGACUGGAAGGUCAGGUGACUCGAUACAAGUUGGCGUCAGAAAAUGCAGAGAAGCUCGAAGAUGAGCUGAAAGUGGAGAAGCGAAAACUUCAGAGAGAGCUCCGCUCGGCUCUGGACCGGAUCGAUGAGCUGGAGGUCAGUAACCUCCACCUCUCCAAACGCCUGGAGAAGAUGAAGGCCAACCGGAGUGCCCUGCUGGCCCAGCAGUGACACUCCAACCCGGGUUGGAUCUUUUGGUGAUACUCGGUGUUUUCAUUUGCACCAUAACAGACAGACCGACAAUCAGCACUUGUUUUGACUCUGCAUGCAGCAUCAGACGGGUGGAGCUAACCAAAACAAACAUCAGCAUGUGACAUGACUCUUCAGACCUGUGAACUUUCGGACAUGUGACCACUGUGCUUGUCAAUUAUUUGUCUAUAACAAACCUGGAAAAUAAGAAAAAUCAACAAUGAUGUGAAUCUCAAAAUCAAUCAAAAAAAUUCAAACAAAAGGUCAUGUGGUUAACUCCACCCACCUGCCCCUCCAGGUGUGUUCAAGCAAACACUACAUCUGCCUCUUUGACAUCCAGCUGCUCCAUCUGUGUGAACUGUGGCACUACCUCUUCUCUGACACCCGGGAGGCGCUCUUUCCCCCAAAGACUGGACUACAGCAGAGAGACUGGGUCAAACUGGUCCAUCCCGGGUCAGACUUGUUCUUCUCGGGUCAGACUGGUCCAUCCCGGGUCAGACUUGUUCUUCUCGGGUCAGACUGGUUCAUCCCGGGUCAGCAGCAGAGAUUUUUAACUUUAUUUUGAUUGUUGGUGUUUUCAUUCACUUUCUCUGUGUUGUUGUCUUGAAUGUUUCCUCGUGUUCGUCUUAUUGUUUUUUUGGGCUGUUUGAAAACAUUUUAAAGACCAUCAAAGAACAAAACAAACAGAGGAAUGAAGCAGCAUCUAGCCACACCCACUUUUUAUGACUGCAUUCAGGUACCUGAAGGGGGCGUGGCCAUGUGUGAAGACACACCUGAGUCAGGACUCGGUGUUUGUUUCUUGACUUUUCGUGGGAUGUAAAAUCCUGCCAUCUUUACGCAGUGGGGUCAGGUGUAUGCAGGUAGACGGGCGCCUCGCAUCAUCCGGACAGUCAUGAUCUCAGGACGCCGCCUGACGUGAUCAGCUGCUGCUGUCACCGUCCGUCAAAGGAAAAAUGUUUUUGCUGUCAAAGUUUUUAAAUUUCAUUUGAUUGCAUCAAAGAAAUUCUUCAGUUUCUGAAUGCAAGGCUCAUUGGUGAGUGGCGCUGCAAACGACAAAAAAACUCCGCUUAUAUCGACAACUUCUUUACAUUCAUGUGGACCGGAACAUUGACGCUGGUCCAGUAUGGACAGACGCAGUGUUGGGAACCUGCUGCUUGUUAAAGUUGAAGCAGAAUUUCUUCAUUUUUCAAAUUGUGUUUGUGAAUAUUGUUCUCAUUGGUUCUGAUUGGGAAACUUUAAUGUAUUUUUGUGGCCUAUUGAUCAGGAUGUGGGUAUCAGUUGAUCAACAUGUAGCGGCUCAGUGGGUUUAUUGAUCAGUUUGUUUGAGAAACUCAAUAAUAAACUCAUCAAACAUC